AUGCCGAUCUUUGGGCGGAAGAAGGUCGACAUCCGUGUGCCGACGGGGAAGAAUGCCGUCAACUUGCGCAAGCUUCUCUUUCUGACGCUGCCCGAGAGCUCGCACAUCUUGCCGGGCGACGCCUGGGACAAGAUUGACUUUCGGUGCCUGUCGCUCAUGAAGGUCAAGAUGCUUCGCGCCGCGUGCUUGGCCCGGGAGCUCGAGCCCAAGGGCGGAAAGCGCUUGCUGGUGGAGCGGCUGACGUCGUCCCUGGAACGGCAGCGGGUGGAAGAGGACGAGGCCCGGCGCGAUGUCGCUGUCAAAGAAGAGCGCCGGAUAAACAAGCUUGGCGGUAUCUGGACCUGCGGCACGGGCACGCAAGGCCAACUCGGCCACGGUGACUGCGAGAAUUAUGAUAUUCCAACGCAAAUCAAGAGCACCCGUGGCAUGCACUUCAGUCAAGUCUACGCGGGGUUUGAUUCGGACAUCACCUUUGGCGUCACGCGCGCCGGCGACGUGUACGUCUGGGGCAACAAGUCGGGACCGACAGGUCUUCCGCGUCCCAAGAAACAAAAGGCGCCGACUGCCACGCCUGCAGCGAGCACUACCAACGAAAACGUUGCGACGGCGGACGAGGUUGACGACGACGACGACGACGACGAAGAUGACGACGAUGACGACGACGAUGACGCCAACGACGAUGCCGAUGCAGCAACGGACGAAGACGACGAUGAUGCUGGCGUCGUGUUGCGUCCGGACGUGAUCCCGGCCCCCGUGAAGCUCAAGUCGCUCUCGGGCGAAGACGUGGUGGCGAUUGCCGUCGGGCGCGUGCACUGCGCCGCGCGGACCAAGAAUGGCGAUGUCUUUACAUGGGGCCAGAACGACCACUGCCAGCUCGGACACGAAGCCGAGCAUAGUUUGAACCAAGCGCAGUCGCGGCGUGCGAUCAUCAAGUACGGUCUCGACGCGGUCGAGCCCGUCAUCUGGACGCGGACGGUACCGGAGACGUGCGUCAUUGUCGGCAUCGCUGUCGGGACCGACCACACGCUUGCAGUCUCCGACGACGGUGACAUCCUCGGUUUUGGCUCCAUGUACAACUCGUCCGACCACUCGACGCUGUCGCGGCACCUGCGCAAGCAGCGCGUGACCCAAAUCUGUUGUGGGGCGCUGCACGCGGCGAUUGUGAACGCCAACGGUCAAAUGUACACCUGGGGCAGCGGCGACGGCGGACGCCUCGGGCAUGGCGAUUUGGCGAUGCAAGUGACCCCCCGCCUCGUGGAUGCUUUGGCCAGCGACAUUGUGCUGCACAUCGCGUGCGGCUGCUGGCACACGGUGGCGAUCGUGCUCGUACCGCCGCUGCUCAAAGGCGGCUUCGUGUACACGUGGGGGACCGGACGUUAUGGACAACUGGCCCAAGGCGGGCAGCAAAUGGUGUCGACGCCGGGCCUCGUGCGCGACUUUCUCAUGCAAAGCGUCUUUAUGAAGCGGAUCUGCGCCGGCAUGUACCACAAUGUGGCACUGUCGAUCGAUGACGAGGUUUACACGUGGGGUAGCAAUGUGAACGGGUGUCUUGGCCGCCCACUGGAAAUGGCGACCAACCCCGAAACGUUCAGCGCUGUCCCGGGCGUCGUCGAAGGCAUGUCGGACUUUAUUGGUCGUCCCUGCGCCAUUGCUUGUGGACGCGAGUACACGGUGAUUGCGACCAAGCCGUAUCUCGGACCAUCCGAAGAAGAGGUCGAAGCGGCCAAGGCGGCGGCGGCCGAGCGCCAAGCUGCGAUCCAAAAGCAAAUCGACCGCGAAGAAGCGAAAGCAGCGGCGGCCCAGGAGCAAGCCGACACCGCGGAACGUCGCCGGCUCAUUCAGUACUUGAACGUACACCACCCGCUUUGCCCUGCCUGCACGGUGCCAGGCACGUGUGCCGGGUUCCAGCGGGACGACGUUGACCCGAUCUUGUGCCGCAAUUGCUUGCACAGCAAGGUGAGCCACACGCUACUGUACAACGAGCGCGACAAAGCUGUCGACUUGGACGGCCUCCGGCGCGUCGCGGCGCUCCUGGACCUGGCAUUGCCGGACGACGACGAGGCGGCGGAAACGGACGAGAACGCGUGAAUAAGAAU